UGUAAUUGGCCGCCAGUGUGUCGGGAUGAAGACGUGCUUUGCACACUACUUCAAACACUUUGGCGUUCCCUUUUUUCUUUUUCCGUAAAAUGCCAAGACUUCGUCCAUCACAUUCUGCACAUUUCAAACCAGGCUGCUCAUUUGGAAGGACGCCAGACCGCAGGCUUGCUAAUCUGCAAAUUCAGUCCAAUAAAUGGUGACAUUGGCUGUCAGCGUUGGAAUAAGAAAUCGAUAGGAUACUCAAAAAAGGGACGCGAUAUUCUUUCGGAAUUUUAACGAUCUAUUUCCUGUAUCCUUAUAACCAUGCGAAUUAGGGGUAUGCUGGAGUGGUUCAGCUACUCACAUUUUCAAAUGGAGCUGUGCUCAUAGUGACAGAUUAUUGUUGUUGAGUGUCCAUGCAAGUAUUGGGGUGGAAACAUGUCUGGCCACUUCUUUGAGAGGAUCACUGCUAUCAGAGAUGGCAUUUUGGUCCAGCACUUCGGUUUUUACCUCUAAAGUGCCCCGGAAAAUUUUAUUCAUGUUCACCCUCUCCCUUUCUGUCACCUACUUGUUCUAUAGCCUGAUGAGCUGUUACAACUCGUUACAGUUCCCCUUGCAAGAGAACUACGUGUACCAAGGGAGGCUGGUAACGGAGGAGACAACUUUCGUAACAUUAAGGGAUAAACUUUAUUCCACUUCACCCCAGGGCUAUUUGGACGAGGAGCUGAUAGAGGUGACUGCUGCCGAGAAAACGGUUGCAAUUUCCACCGUCAAAGAUAAUGUGGAGACCGAACAAAGAACAUUGGAUUGGGUUCGGAAUCAGGCGGCUCCAACUAAAACUGCCGCGGUUUAUCAAUCUCCCGCUCUGGAGAGGGAGCACCAGGAAUUCAGCACCACGGACAACGAACUCAGGGUGAACUGCACCUCGGAUUAUGGGGUGAAAAAAUUACCCCAAGCCAUUAUAAUUGGGGUGAAGAAAGGAGGUACCAGGGCUCUGCUCGAAGCUUUGAGGGUCCAUCCCGAUAUCAGAGCCGUUGGGAAUGAGCCACAUUUCUUCGACAGGAACUACGAGAAAGGGCUGGAUUGGUACAGGUGCGCGCAUCCACUCUCACUUAAUAACCCUAUCUGGUUCAGAGGUCUCAUUACCCCACAUAACAUAAACCAUGUGUUGGAAAUACAAAAUGCUAGUAGUGUAGAGACCAUGUCAGAGCACCAUGUCUUUGCACUGCUGCAGGCCCGGGGGGACUCUGAGGAGAAUAGCAUGAAUUCCAGCCCCAGGUUUAUCCGCACCCUUCAGUGUGGUAAGACAGGACCCUCUGACAGGAAUUGUGUGUCGGAGACAGCGAUCUACUGCUGA